GAACUUGGCAGUACAACGACUCUGUGGUGGAGCAGGUCGUGGUAGAUGCUCUCGACGCUGGCUUCUCUCACAUUGACACCGCCUACGACUAUGGCAAUCAGGUCGGCGUGGGCAAAGGGCUCAAGAAGUCUGGCAAGCCACGGGAAUCCAUUUUCGUGACGACUAAGGUCCCCGGUUGUGGCCUCCAGAACUCCAGCGCGGUCAGCCCAGACGUGUGCAAGAUCGAUACCGUGAACAAGAUUGAAUUGGACCUUGAGCAACUGAACCUGGAGUACCUUGACAUGGUGCUGAUCCAUUUUCCACCUUGCCCUGGCAUGGACGGAAAGCAGAAAAGCCCGUCUGAAGUGCCCUGCUACAAGGACAAAUCGGGCUGCACCCACCCACAAGCCUGCGAUUUUGUCCGGGCUCAGUGGAGCGUCCUCACAGACUACUACAACAAGAAGAAGAUCCGUGCGAUUGGUGUCUCAAACUAUUGCAGCGCGUGCUUCGAGUGCCUGUCCGGAAGCACAGUGAUGCCUAUGGUCAACCAGGUCCAGCUCCAUGUGGGCAUGGGUGCCGAUCCACAGGGAUUCCGGUCCUUCGCCGAGAAGCACCAGAUCGUCCUGCAGGCAUGGAGUCCACUGGGCAGUGGCGGCCAUGGCUCGACGGAAAUCCUUUCAGGCAACCUCACCACAUCCAUCGGCAAGAAGUACGGCAAGUCUCCUGUACAGGUGGCACUCAAGUGGAUUGCCUCCCACAACGUCUCCAUUGCGACGAAGUCGUCAAACAAAGAGCACUUGAAGGCCAAUACGGAGAUCUUUGAUUUCAAGCUUAGCGAUGAGGACCUUGCCAGCCUCGAUGCUGCUGACUUUGCCAAGGAGGACCUGAAUGGGGAA